AUGUCGGCGAAAGCAGUCAGCGAGCUCUCCGGAAAGGAAGUUCUCUACAAGUACUUCGAGUCGACCGGUAUCGUCAGUGCCCCGCAUGCGUUUCACGUGAAGGCCGGUGACAAAUUCGCCGAUGUCGCGGCCAAGUACGAUUGGCUCGCUCAUGACAACAAAGGAGUUGUUAAGCCAGACCAGCUCAUCAAGAGACGUGGAAAGCUGGGUCUGGUCAAGAUUGGAACACCGAGCGAGUUGGAAGCAUGGUUCGAGAAGACGGCGAACACAUAUGUGAAGGUUGGACAGACCGAGGGAAGACUCCACACAUUCAUCGUUGAACCGUUCUGCGCGCACACCGACGAUGAAGAGAUGUACAUCGCCAUUUACAGUGAGCGAUGCAGAGAUGUCAUCAUGUUCUACGAGCAAGGAGGAGUCGAUAUUGGAGAUGUCGAAGAGAAGGCUCGCGCUGUCCACAUCCCAGUCAAGCUCGAUGACAGUGAGAUGUCCAUCACAGAAAGAGAACUUGAUGUUCUUCUGGGACCAUGUAAAGAGAAGGAUGUCAUCCGAAAGUUUGUGAAGAAUCUGUAUGAAGCUUACAAGACUCUUCAUUUCACCUAUUUGGAAAUCAAUCCAUUCGUUCUCACCAAUGGAAAGAUUCACAUUUUGGACUUGGCUGCGAAGCUUGAUGAGACCGCCAACUUUUUGUGUUCUGAUAAGUGGAGUAGCCGAACGGCUUCAGCACGGAUUGCUCGCUCAAUCGAGUUUCCUGCUCCAUUCGGGCGUGACCUCACCACUGAAGAACAAUACAUCUCGGAUAUGGAUGCGAAGACUGGAGCAUCUCUCAAGUUAACAAUUCUCAAUCGUCAAGGACGUGUAUGGACGAUGGUCGCUGGUGGAGGUGCUUCUGUUGUUUUCACAGACACUGUCUGUGAUCUAGGAGGUGCUUCCGAGUUGGCCAACUACGGAGAGUAUUCCGGUGAUCCGUCGGAAUCACAGACGUACGAAUACGCAAAGACUAUUCUCUCCGUUAUGACUGAAGGGACUCCAAGACCUGAUGGAAAGGUUCUCAUCAUCGGUGGAUCCAUUGCAAACUUCACAAAUGUUGCUAAGACUUUCGGAGGAAUCGUUCGUGCCUUCGAAACGUUCAUCGAUAAACUCAAGGAACACAAAGUUUCAAUUUACGUGAGAAGAGGUGGACCCAACUACCAAGAAGGUCUUCGUCGUGUUAAAGAUGCAGCUACGAAACUCGAAAUUCCGAUUUAUGUCUUCGGACCAGAGACCCACAUGACUGCUAUCGUUGGAGCUGCUCUUGGAUUGAAGCCAAUGCCAACAGUUCCAACUGCCCCACAAACGACUGGACAAUUCCUUUUGAGUCCGGAAAGAAAUACCGCCGGAACAGAGCGUCCACCUGCUUCUCCAGCUUCAACAACUCAACAUGUCGAGCAUCCACUCACUAGAAGACAUCCUCUAUACCAAAGCUUGUUUGAGAACGACACGAAAGCUGUCAUCUGGGGACAGCAACACAAAGCUAUUCAAGGAAUGCUUGACUUCGAUUACGUGUGCCGAAGACAUUCUCCAUCAGUCGUUGCUUCGACAUAUCCUUUCACUGGUGACAACAAGCAGAAGUUCUAUUUCGGACAGAAGGAGAUUCUCAUCCCUGCUUACAAAUCGAUGGCCAAAGCAUUCGCUAGUCACCCAGAUGCCACUGUUAUGGUCACUUUCGCUUCGAUGAGAUCAGUUUUCGAAACCGUGCUUGAAGCUUUGCAGUUCCCUCAAAUCAAGGUGAUUGCUAUUAUCGCUGAAGGAGUUCCUGAGAACCAAACAAGAAAGUUGCUCAAGGUUGCUGAAGACAAGGGAGUCACUCUUAUCGGACCUGCCACUGUUGGUGGAAUCAAGCCGGGAUGCUUCAAAAUCGGAAACACCGGAGGAAUGAUGGAUAAUAUCCUUGCAUCGAAACUCUACCGUCCAGGAAGUGUUGCCUACGUUUCUCGAUCCGGAGGAAUGUCCAAUGAGUUGAACAACAUCAUCUCACAAAACACCAACGGUGUAUACGAAGGAAUUGCCAUCGGAGGAGAUCGUUACCCAGGAAGCACUUACACUGAUCACGUUUUGAGAUAUCAACAUGAUGAUCGAGUCAAGAUGAUUGUUCUCUUAGGAGAAGUUGGUGGCGUUGAAGAAUAUCGAAUUGUGGAGCUUCUGAAGGCCAAGAAGAUCACGAAGCCACUCAUCGCUUGGUGUAUCGGAACAUGUGCUGAUCACAUCACUUCAGAAGUCCAAUUUGGUCAUGCUGGAGCCUCUGCCAAUGGACAAGGAGAGACUGCUGCAUGCAAAAACACUGCACUUCGUGUCGCCGGUGCUUUGGUCCCCGAUUCAUUCGACGAUCUUGGAAAUAAGAUUCGUCAAACAUAUGAGGAGCUUCUUCGACUUCAGAUUAUCGUUCCACAACCGGAGGUGCCACCUCCAGCGGUUCCAAUGGAUUACGCAUGGGCUCGUGAACUCGGAUUGAUCCGAAAGCCAGCAUCAUUCAUGACAUCAAUCUGUGAUGAACGCGGAGAAGAGCUCAACUACGCCGGAGUUCCAAUCACGAAGGUUCUUGAGUCGGACAUGGGAAUUGGUGGAGUUCUUGGAUUGCUUUGGUUCCAGAAACGACUUCCUCCACACGCCAACAAGUUCAUAGAAAUCUGUCUGAUGCUCACUGCUGAUCACGGACCAGCCGUCUCAGGAGCACACAACACAAUCGUUUGCGCUCGUGCUGGAAAAGAUCUGAUCUCUUCUCUCACUUCGGGACUUCUUACGAUUGGAGAUCGUUUCGGAGGAGCUUUGGAUGGAGCUGCUCGUCAAUUCUCAGAAGCAUUCGAUCAAGGAUGGUCUCCGAUGCAAUUCGUUGGAGAGAUGCGUAAACGCGGAACACACAUUAUGGGAAUCGGGCAUCGUGUUAAGAGCAUCAACAAUCCAGACAAGCGCGUCGAAAUCCUAAAGCGAUUCGCAUUGAAUAAGAAGGAGUUUGCUCAGGAGACACCAUUGCUCGACUAUGCUCUCGAGGUAGAGAAAAUCACGACGGCAAAGAAGCCGAACCUCAUUCUGAAUGUCGAUGGAGCCAUCGCGAUCAUCUUCGUGGAUAUUCUUCGCAACAGUGGAAUGUUCACCACUGCUGAGGCGCAAGAGGUCAUCGAGAUAGGUGCACUCAACGGAAUGUUCGUGCUCGGGCGCUCGAUUGGAUUCAUUGGUCACUACUUGGAUCAAUCUCGUCUCAAGCAAGGCCUCUACCGUCAUCCAUGGGACGACAUUUCUUACAUUAUGCCAGAGAGAAACUUGUAA